AUGGUGCUAUGUGAAAAAAAUACACCGCGAAAAAAAAUGAACAGAGUGCCUCAUUUCUACAGUGAAGAUGAUGUUGAAAAGUACCUCGCAAGUAUCAGAAAUGGAGAAAAAAAUAUUUAUGGUGCGUGUAGACUGUACGGAAUACCUGAGUCAACUAUCCGCUUUCGCAUGAGUGGAAAAUGGAGCGAAAAAUUGACUAAAGGGCCUCCAACGAUUCUUUCUCCGGAAGGAACGGAACGGGAAAUUGUAGCAUGGCUUAAAGCGAUGGAGCGCAAGGGUUUUCCUGUGGUAAAACAGUCUCUAUUAAGUGAAAUAAUGUGAUUUUUCAAUUCCAGUGGUAGACCUAAUCCUUUUAAAGAUAACGUACCAGGUAGAAAAUGGUUCACCCGGUUUCUGGCUCGUCACAAUGACAUCACAGUCAGAACUCCAGAACAAGUAACAGCCGCAAGCUCAAAGGUAUCUAAAUCGGACAUUAGAGGUUGGUUUAAAAUGGUUGGGGACUACUUGGUAAGCGAAGGAUUAUCGGACGCCCUUGAAGAUCCUCAGAGAGUAUAGAAUGGGGACGAGACUUCAUUUUUCUUGCAUCCUACUACCAAGGCAGUGCUGGCUACAACGGGAAACAAAAAUGUGUAUGAAGUUCAGCAUGCCGAUGGACAUUCAAACGUAACUGUAAUGUUCAGUUUUGGAGCUGACGGGAGCGUUGUUCCGCCGGAUGUGAUUCUGCCGGUUCAGAGGAUCCGUCCAGAAACCCUUCAUCAGUUUCCUGGAGAAUGGGGAGUUGGAAAAAGUCCAAAUAGUUGGAUGAACGUCGAAAAUUUUAUGUUGUACGUGAGGAAAAUUUUCUAUCCUUUCCUUCUCAAGAAGAAAGUCAAAUUCCCGAUCAUCUACUUUGUCGACGGACACUCGUGGCAUACAGCGCAGGAAGUAGCAGAUUUGUGUCUGGAUCUAGGAAUCGUUUUAGUAGCACUUUAUCCGAACACGACACGAAUAACUCAACCAACGGACGUUGCAAUAUUCAAGCCAUUAAAAAGCGCGUGGAAAUCAGCUGUCAUAGAGUGGGGAAUGGAUAAUGGGGGAGACAUAUUGUCGUUGCAGCAUUUUCCGUCUGUACUUCAGAGAACAAUGGACUCAGGAAUUAGACAACCCAGUAUCAUCAACGGUUUUUACGUGUGUGGAUUGUAUCCUUUUGGUCCAGACAACGUUGACUUCACAAAAUGCUUGGCACAGCCUGUCAAUGACACUUCUGUAGGUGAACUAUCAUGUGAUGCCACAAACUUGGAUCAAACAAUAACGGUACCAAAUGAUCAGUCGCCUACACCCGACUGUGUGGACAUCGAUAUCUCCCAAGAUUACGUGUUAAUUCCGAUCGGUACGAUUAAGGAAGCAUUAGACGACAUAGGUACCGAACGUCUAUCAAGGAUAAGAACUCAUCAUGGCUUGUCUGAAGAAGACGAAAUUAUUCGUUCUCUGUUCCAAAAACUGCUGGCACCACAACUGUCGCAUCUGUACUGA